UCGAUGGAUUUAAUAUUAUCAUCGAAAAAAGCCGAUAAAACGAUAGUGGAAGUUGAAGGAGUUGGUGGAUACUACACAUGGUCAAGUAGCCAAUUUCCCGUUCUAAGCCAGAAACAAAUAGCAGCUGGAUUAUUACUUCUUCAGCCUCGUGGCUUAGCUUUACCUCACUAUGCUGAUUCCUCUAAAAUUGCUUAUGUUUGUGAAGGUGAAUGUAUUGCUGGAUUGAUCUCACCAGAAGAUUCAAAAGAAGAAGUUGUAAAAAUUCAAAAAGGGGAUACCCUACCAGUUACGGUGGGAACAGUGUCAUGGUGGUACAAUGCUGGUGACACUAAACUCACUAUAAUUUUCUUGGGAGAAUCGUCUAAGGAUUAUACACCAGGAGAAUACUGUUAUUUCUUUUUAACUAGUGCUGCUGGUAUACUAAACGGAUUCCCUAAUGAAUUAAUUGCUAAAUCUUUUCACAUGAACAUAACUGAAUCUGAAAAACUUAUGAAAGAUCAAAGUAGUUUAAAUCUUUUAAUUAAGGUAAAUGAAGGUAUACAAAUUCCAAAUGCAUCCAACAGCGCAAAACGCAAGUUGGUUCACAACUUGGAUGGUGCAAAACCUUGUGUUGAGGUUAAAAACGGUGGAGUUUUAUCUUCGGUGAGCGGUAAGAAUAUAGCGUUGCUCGGAGAGGUUGGAUUAAGCGCGAAUCGCCUAGUUUUGGAACCUGGUGCUGUACUUGGUCCCAUUUUUACAGCAGAUUCGUCUAUUCAUUUGAGUUAUAUUACGAAAGGAAGUGGACGUGUUGUAAUUGUGGGACUGUUUGGCAAGGUUGUGUUGGAUGCAAAAGUGGAAGAAGGUGAACUGUUUUUUGUACCAAAAUUUUUUCCAUUUGUAGUGGAAGCUGAUGAAGGAGGGAUCGAAUUUUUCUCCCUGAAAACAUCGUCAAAGCAAACGUACAGAGAAUUAUCGGGUGGGAAAAAAUCAAUUUGGGAAGCAGCAUCUCCAUCAAUUUUAGAGGCUUCUCUUAAUAGGACUCCAGAUUUGACAAAGUCAUUCAAGGCCAAGAUUGCUAAGGUCGAUGAUCAAUAGGAUUAUAUGGGAGCUUUUGACGUUAAGCCUAUAUGCUGUUGUGUUUCAAUUAUAUAUGUAUGCUUUUGUAAUUAAGAAUAAAAGAAAAUGAAUUUGGUCUGUGAACGGAGGCAGUAUAAAGGCAUAUUGUACCUAAGAAAGCCACCUUGUUCUCAGGUACGUCCAAACUCCCUUCGUCAAAAUAUUAGUAUUAUCUAUAUAUGGUUAAAAUAAUUUUUUAGAUAUAUAGUAGAUGUUGAACCUUCUCUGUUA